AAAUCUCAGAACUGGUGACGUAUGUGCCUCGUUUUCAAAAGCUCAUUCCAUGAUAUUAAAGCCAAAGUGUCCAAGUCAGAGCUGAGGAGAAUGAUUGAUACUGUCCCUAAUGAUGCUAUUGGUAGACGCAUUUUUUGUGAUGGAGAAUACGGUACUGUUCUUUAUGUUGGAAGUGUGCCUCCAACGCCAGGUCUUUGGCUUGGAGUGGAAUGGGACAAUCCUCUCAGAGGAAAACAUGAUGGAACUCACGAAGGAACAAAAUAUUUCACUUGCAGUCAUCCUUUUGGAGGUUCAUUUGUUCGAGCAAAGAAGGUAAAUUUUGGCAUGGACUUUUUGUCUGCUCUAAGAAAACGUUAUGGUUUAAAAACUGAGGAAACUGUAGAGCUGGUGAUUGGAAAAAAGACAGUGGAACUGGUUGGAUUUGAUUCUAUCCAUGAAGAACAAAGGCAACUGAAUAAAUUAUGUGACGUUUCUUUGAGGGACUGUGCUGUUAGCCAUGCUGGAAGUAAAGAGAGCAUAUACCAUUCAUGUCCAAAUAUUACUACUCUGAAUUUAUCAAAAAACCUUCUGUCUUCAUGGAAACAAGUAGCAGAUAUUACCAGUCAGCUUGAAAAUCUGGAAGAUCUUGAUCUCAGUGAAAACAGAGUUUGCCUUUCAUCAAAUCCAUCCUCCUUUUCAAGUGCAUUUCUUAAACUGAGGGUACUAUCUCUUAAUCGAAUGGGAAUAACAUGGAGUGAGGUUUUAACUUGUUCUCACAUGUGGCCAUCACUUGAGGAACUGCACUUGGCUUCAAAUGCGAUCGCAACUUUGGAAAGGCCCGUCGAUACUCUACAGUCUUUGAAAGUAAUAGAUAUUACUAACAACAAACUUGUUGAUGGAAACCAGCUCCAUGCAAUAGCAUAUUUACCAAGGUUGAAGCAAAUAAUUGUUUCAAACAACAAAAUAUCUUUGAUUACAUUCCCUGAUGCUAAAGUGGGAGAGAUUAGUGCAAUGUUUUCCUCUCUAACCAGCUUGUCAAUUGAUGGCAAUAACAUAUCCCUGUCCACAAUAAAUGAGAUGAAUAAGCUGAAAACUCUACAGUCACUGAAUUGUCAUAACAACCCAUUCAUGGAUGGGGGUAAAAACCCAGACACUGUCCGUCAACUCAUCAUUUCAAAGAUAGCCAACUUAAAAAUGUUAAACAAGACUGAGAUCCUUCCACAAGAGAGAAAAGGUGCUGAACUUGACUACAGAAAAAUGUUUGGGAAUGAUUGGUUAAAGGCUGGUGGAAGUCAAAAUCUUGAAUUAAACAACCCAAAUAAAGAGUUUUGUAUUAACCACCCUACUUACAAAUCUCUGAUAGAAAAAUAUGGAGUUCUUGAUGAUGGAGAACUGAAAGAACAGCAGCCAUUUGCCUUGAAAAAUCAAUUGCUAACACUAACAUUUAAGUGUCCUGAAAAGCCAGAUCAAAAGCCAAUGCAGAAGAAAUUGCCAGAUUCUAUGACUGUUCAAAAGGUAAAAGGGCUGCUAUAUCGUCUCCUGAAAGUGCCAGGAUCGGAACUAAAACUGUCAUAUGAAAGUUCAAAAAUGGAGGGGAGAGAAAUUGAACUUGAAAAUGAUUUAAAAUCCCUGCAGUUCUACUCGGUCGAAAAUGGAGACUGUGUUCUGGUCAGAUGGUAAUGAAAGAAGGAGUUUAUCACAAUGAAAGCUUAUGGUACUAAAUUAUUAGACUAUUUAAGAGAAAAUUUGCAAACAUAACAUUUUAUGUUACUUUGAAUAAACACAUUUUAUUUCACUUACA